CACAGUUAGAGAAUAUGUUCUUCACCAUGCUCAGAAAGGGUUGGAUGGAACUCAUGUUCUCACACAUUUUAGGCUUUGAUUUGCUUCACCUCGUCUUUGGUUCGCUGUUCCAAACCCCAACUUUUUAGUUUGUUAAGUUAUUGUUUUCUCAAGAGGGAUACCAUACCCGAUCACUCGUCCCAAUCAAAACAAAGAAACAAAAAAAUAAAAGCGGAAAUAUUUGUUGGUGGAAAAUUUUGUGUGGAUGGAAAAUAGGAGGGGGACGGGAAGUGGCAUCCCCGAUCCCACGCCUCCCCGUGUAAUCUCCAAGUUCACGUCCUCACCCCCAAAUAAUACUAUCUCCGUUCAGAACACUCAUCAAACAAAAAUGGCAAACCUCACACCUUUCUCUAAACUUGAUCAAACCUUCCACAGAACUUCCGAACUCAAAGCCUUCGACCAAACUAAGGCCGGCGUCAAAGGCCUUGUGGACUCCGGCAUCACCGAAAUUCCUGCUAUAUUUUACUACCCACACAAAGAACGUUCAAAUUCCGACAAGACCUCUGUUCCCGACGAACCCCAUUUUGGCGUUCCAGUGGUGGAUUUGGAAGACAUCGAUAAAGAUCCACUCAAACGCAAACAAGUGGUGGACAAAAUCCGAGAAGCUUCAGAGACUUGGGGGUUCUUUCAAUUGCUUAACCAUGGAGUUCCGGUGAGUGUUCAGGAGGAGAUCAUAAAUGGGACACGUCGAUUUUUUGAACAGGACAUUGAAGAGAAGAAACAAUAUUAUACAAGAGACAACUCUAAACCUUUCCUUUACAAUUCCAAUUUCGAUUUGUUUAUUGCACCCUUUGCCAAUUGGAGGGAUACCAUCCUCACUCAAAUAGCUCCAACUUCUUUUGGCCCACAAGAAUUGCCUCAAGUUUGCAGAGACAUUCUACUUGAUUAUUCAAAACAUAUGGAGAAUGUUGGAGAAUUGAUAUUUGGACUACUUUCAGAGGCCCUUGGUCUGAAAUCAACUCAUCUCGUGGACAUAGGUUGCAAUGAGGGACAUGCCUUGCUCUGCCACUUUUAUCCAUCGUGCCCUCAGCCGGAACUCACCAUUGGCAUCACCGAGCACGCUGAUGGUACCUUCAUCACCGUACUGCUGCAAGACCAUAUCGGAGGUCUUCAAGUGCUACAUGACAACAAAUGGGUAGAAAUUCCACCCAUUCCUGGAGCUUUAGUCGUCAAUGUCGGCAACUUACUGCAGUUGAUCUCGAAUGACAAAUUUGUGAGCUCGAUCCAUAGAGUGUUGGCUACUCGAAAUGGUCCAAGGGUAUCGGUGGCAACUUUCUUCUCCACUGGCUAUGCAGAAACCUUCAAACUUUAUGGACCAAUCGAAGAAUUGUUGUCCGAACAAAAUCCUCCCAAAUAUAAACAAACUACUGUGAGAGAUUACCGUCUCUACUUUUCUAAAAAAGGGUUGGAUGGAAUGGAUCCUCUCACACAUUUUAGGAUUUGAUUUUACUGAACUGUUUUUUUGGUUCAUAAUUCUAAGGUUUGUUAAAUGUUUAAGUUCGACUUUGUUAGAGUGUGUGAUUUUUAAACACUAUAACAUUGAUUUUAUUGAAAUGUCUUUUCCUACCCUGUUGUAAGGUUUGUUAUGUCUUUAGAAAUUAUUUGUUAAA